GUGUUGAUCUUGAUGAAACUGUUGUGAUGAAUCGUUUCGUUUCGUUUUCUGAAAAGGACACACCCAAAAACAUUUAAACCAACUCUCUCGCAUAAGCAGACAGUCCAAGCCUGUUUCAGCUGACUUAGGAUGGAUCCCUGUACACUGAUCGCAGCUGGCGCAGGAGCAGUAGCAGCAGUCGUUGCAGCUCCGGCUGUUCUAACAGCGGCAGGUUUCACCGCAGGAGGGAUUGCUGCAGGUUCUGUUGCCUCCUCUAUGAUGUCAGCCGCUGCUGUCGCUAACGGAGGAGGGAUCGCAGCUGGAUCCGUGGUUGCAACUCUUCAAGCCGCUGGUAUGGCUGGAAUCUCUGUUGCAGCUCAGGCUGUCAUAGGUGCCUUAGGCGGCACUGUGGGUGCAGCUGUGGGUGGACCAUUGAUAUGCAGUGCAGGAGCCACAGGUGCUGUCGCAAGCGGAGGUAUCGUGGGAACUGCCGUGAGCUCAGUUGCCAGGUUAAUUAGCAACUGCACUGCAUAAAUGCCCCAAGAGGCUUCAUAAAGUCAAACAUAACAUUUAUCUAAUCUACAACCACAAACAUGGGCAGUAUAAAACAGUUUUUCAUAUAUAAUAAUAAUAAUAGUCUUUCUCUUCUGCUGUAGAUUCUGUACUAAUCUAGCUUUCCACUUUAAACUUACUUCAUUUUGGGAUACUCCAUCCCAAAAUGAAAAUUUUGUCAUUAUUCACUUACACCCAUGUCGUUCCAAACCCGUAAAAGCUUCGUUCGUCUUCGGAACACAAUUUAAGAUAUUUUGGAUGAAAACC